AUGGCACAAAAUUAUAAUUCCAGUGAGCAAUUCCUUGAGGAAACUUCAAGUAUUGAACAUAAUAUAAACAUAAUUCGAAAGAAUAUCGAACGUAUUCAAGUGUUACAAACACGCAUUCUGGUGAGCACUUCAAUAAAGCAGGAGGAUAGUGAUGAUAAAGAGCGUGAAGAGCUCAUGUUGAAUACAAGAAAUAUUCUUUUUGAUAUCAAAGAUCGCAUUAAAAAAAUUCAAUAUGAAAAUGCUAAAUUACCAAUCGAUGAUUUAAAUAUUAGUCUUAGAAAGCAAAGAUAUGAGUAUCUCAGAGAGAAAUUCGGCAACCUGCUUGAAGAAUAUCGUAGAAUUGAAGAUGUUUAUAUGGGACAACAGAAGGAAAGAACUGCACGUCAAUAUAAAAUUGUAAAUUUAGAAGCAACCCAAGAUGAAAUUGACAGUUAUUUGAGUAGUUCAUCAAAUCAACCUCUUUUUCAACCAGCUUUAAUUCGUACAGGUGAAGCUCGUGCAGCAUUCGAAGAAGUUCAAAAACGUCAUGAUUGUAUAAAACAGAUUGAAAAAACAAUUGAAGAAUUGGCAAAUUUAUUUCGUGAAUUGCAUUUACAAGUCGAAGAACAAGAUUCUGCAAUUGCAAAUAUUGAAGAAUCUAUCGAAGAAACCCUGGUGAACAUCAAAAAAAGUGAAACUGUUGUUGAUGAUGCACAUGGGAUUUCAGUUAAGCAUCAAGCAAGAAAAAGGGAUUGGAUUCGUUUGGGAAUUACAGGAAUUACUACAGCGUGUUGCGAAAAAAAUACAGGUGAUGUAUUCGAUGUAGGUCAAGUUAGUGAUGAUAAACAAACUGAAAUAAAUUCUAAAGAUGGUGAAUAUGGUGAAUAUGAUGGAGAAAAUGGUAAUAUCAAAAAAGCCAAAAAUCCAUUGUUUCAAUUAAAGCUUGAUACACCAGAAGUAAUUGCCAAAUGGAUUGAAGAACGUAAAAAACGUUAUCCAACUGAAGCGAAUAUUGCACGUAAAAGAAAGUUAGAAGAAGAAAAAAAGGCUCAUGUGUGUAUCAAAUACCGACAAGGACAUUGCCCUAAAGGCAAUGAUUGUCAAAAUUUACAUAAAGGAAAAUUAGUUAGUCCGCCAAUUAUUUCAAAAGUUCCAGAUCAUAAAAGAGUUCAUUGUAGAAAUUUACGUGAAAUGCUAUUGUAUAAGGAAACCGUAAAGGAAAAGAAUGUGAUUUUACAGUGUCUUAGAUAUAUUGUAAAGAAAAAAUUUUUUGGGAUUGCUACCAAUAGGAUGUUACAAGAAGAAAAAAAUAAAGGUGGACCAGAAAUUGUUGAAAUGAAAUAA